GGACCUCGUUUUCAAGUGCUUUAUGACUGUAAAUGGACAUGUAGACAAAAUAUGGCUGAUGAAAGUUUGGUUUGGAAGUUCUUCCUUCUUCUACUUGCAUUUGUAAGUUGCAAAGCAUUUCACCCAUACGAGGAUGCUUUAAAGAUAAAAGAUGAAUAUCCGCUUCCUCGGCUUAACUAUGGUUAUGAUGCGCUUGAGCCAUUUGUUGACGCCAAGACUAUGAAAGUGCACCACUCGGGCCAUCAUGCUGCUUACACAAAAAAGAUGAACAAUGCAUUGGAGCAAUGGAGAGCAUCGGAAGAAAGCAAUUCAUUAUCCAAAAAGUCAAUACUUGAGAUCAUGAAAUCAAUAGAGGAUGUACCUGAGAAAUGGAAAACAGCUUUAAGAAACAAUGGCGGAGGGUAUCUCAACCAUGCAAUAUUCUUCUCGCUUCUUUCUCCCAAUCCUUCAAAAGAGGAUCGUGUUCCAACUGGCAAAGUUCUCAAUCAUAUAGUAAGAUCAUUCGGUAAUUUCACUGCCUUCAAAGAGAUGUUUUCAAAAUCUGCUCUGAGUCUGUUUGGUUCUGGCUAUGUCUGGUUGUGCCGUGAGCCUAAAACCAAUGCAUUGACAUAUCUGCCCACUAUCAAUCAACAAUCACCAGUGAGCUAUGGUUUGAAUCCCAUUCUUGUUAUCGAUGUAUGGGAGCAUGCGUAUUACUUAAAACAUCAAAACAAGAGAGCAAAUUACAUUGAUAAUUGGUGGAAUGUUGUAGACUGGUCAGCUGUGCAGGAUCUCUAUGAUUUCUGGGAUAAAGAUAGCAACCACGAAGAAUUAUAACAUCAACUGACAUUUGAUAGAAUUAUUUUCAUGGAUUUAAUGACGGCUAUAGCUGGAUAUAUGUUUUGUUUUCAUAGCAUCAACUUGUUGCUGAAACUAAGGAUUGAUUACAUAUUGAAUUUUUCCCUGUGCCAGUGGCGACUGACAUGACAAAAAGAUGGUACUAGUAAAGCAAAAAAUCUUUGAACAGAGCGAACCAGCCAGACGAAGGGUGGUGCAGAGGCGUGGUCCCUGGAAAAUAUUUGUUUUUAUAGAUUAUAUGGCCAAAUUGUCUUUUAAUGGCGGGUCAGAAGUUUUUACCAUGCCUCGAUUUGUUUGACGUCAUGUAGUUUUUCCAGCUGCAGGGCCUUGUGGCAUUUUAUCACUAAAAAAAGGAAUCUAGUACUGCGAGCGAUUUUUUCAUUGUUCGAUUGUCAAAAGACAAACGGUUUUACGUAACGUUGAGUCAUAAAUGACAAUGAGACAGACUUCUACAGUACUGGAUGAAUGAAAUCUGGUACCGUGUGUACAUAAAGGGCUUAUGCAUGCCAAUCUAUCAAUGAGAAUUAAGAUAAGGAUGGUCAGAAUUAAGAUAUGGUGUAUUCCCCUGCUCUGCCCUUUUUUGCCAUUUAUGAUAGUUCAAUUAUCAUAAAAAACGGAAAAUCAUACAAUGCAAAAAUAUUUCGAGCUUUCAAAAUAAAAUGGUACUAGACUGGUACCACUAGUACCGAUGCAAGCCUCCACUUUCCUGUGCAAUGCCUUGAAAUGAUGUUGCUAUACUGGAGGUUUGUUGUUAUACUAAGAAUUGAUUUGCCAUGUUAUUCCAUUAUAUCCAGUUCAUUAACAGCAUUCUCAAUAAUAGGUGGGGAUAAUAUUUACUACUUUUUAGGUUUUCUCCCUGUGCAAUACCUGGAAAUGAUUUUGUUCAAGAUGUUGUGACGUGUCGUUAAGAUGUUGUACAGGAAGGUUUUGUCACUGGAGAUAUUUUGGUAUUUCACAUGCAAUUCCUUGAAAUCACACUGUGAUAUUUUAGCUCAACCACUGACAACUAGUUGUAUUGCAUGUAAGAAGUUGGCGAACUUCAUGAAAAACAUGUUUCUUUAACAUGCACUCGACAAUCACUCGUUUGAAUAAUUUAUGUAGCAAACAAUGUUCGUUGGGAAAAUGUAUUUGAAUUUUCUAAAAGAUUUUUUCAAUGAGA